GCUAGAUUGUCUCGCCUCCCCCAUCCCCCCGGUGCCCGGGUGCACCAGCCGCCGCCGCUGCUGGGGAGUGAGUGGCCGGGGCGGGAAGCGCCGGACGAGCCCACUGUGCGGCCACCGUGGGGGAAGCAAGGGCUCCCGAUUCCACCUCCCCUCCUAAGUGAAGGUUUCCGCCCCUGGAGAGGAGGCGGCGCCCCGGAUCGGCCAUCGUCCUCCGCUGGAGCCGCGGCGCCAAGAUGAGCGAAGAGGAGAAUCCAGCCAGCAAGCCCACGCCAGUGCAGGACGUGCAGGGCGACGGUCGCUGGAUGUCCCUGCACCAUCGGUUCGUGGCCGACAGCAAAGAUAAGGAACCUGAAGUCGUCUUCAUCGGGGACUCCUUGGUCCAGCUAAUGCACCAGUGUGAGAUCUGGCGGGAGCUCUUCUCUCCCCUGCACGCACUUAACUUUGGCAUUGGCGGUGACACAACACAGCAUGUGCUGUGGCGGCUGGAGAAUGGGGAGCUGGAACACAUCCGACCCAAGAUUGUGGUGGUCUGGGUGGGUACCAACAACCACGGGCACACAGCAGAGCAAGUGACUGGAGGCAUCAAGGCCAUCGUGCAACUGGUGAACCAGCGGCAGCCCCAGGCCCGGGUUGUGGUGCUGGGCCUGCUACCAAGGGGCCAGCACCCUAACCCACUCCGUGAGAAAAACCGACGGGUGAACGAGCUGGUACGGGCAGCACUGGCUGGCCACCCACGGGCCCACUUCCUGGAUGCUGACCCUGGCUUUGUGCACUCAGAUGGCACCAUAAGCCACCAUGACAUGUAUGAUUACCUGCAUCUGAGCCGCCUGGGCUACACACCCGUCUGCCGGGCCCUACACUCCCUGCUUCUGCGUCUGCUGGCCCAAGACCAGGGCCAGGGUGUCCCCCUGCCAGAGGCCACACUCUAAGCAUCCACCUUCCCACAUUAAAUUCUUGUUCCUCA